GAAAUAUCGUUUACUAAGACUUAUCUUAUAAUUUCCGAAGAAUCCAUAGUUUUUAGGGCUCGUAUGAUUUUGUAAUCACUCGUUCAGUUGUUGAUUUGAUCUAAGUUAAAGGCACCGAAGAAAUCUUCUUUAUCCAAUGAUAGUAACGAAAUUUCUGACCGUGCUGCGUACACAUAUACGGCCGUCUAAUCGAAUGCACAAUAGCGAAUUUUUGUUUAUGAAUAUCACGAGGAGCUUUCGCACGUCACGGUCUGAGUUUGUUAAUUAAAUAAGACCUUGGGAUGAUUAUUUCAAUUGUUAUUCGCAGGGUGUUAUUUUAGGGCUCGCGCCAUAUUUCGGUUGCUGAUUUGGGAACGUUCAUAAAAUUGCUAAUAUGGCAGAAAUCUGUGUCUCUAGUGUUGUUUAAGUUUAAGAAAACUACAAUAUUAGCAGAAUUACGUUGAUGAACUGUAAUGAAAUGUGCGUAAUAUCGUGAUCUCAGUGGACCAGCGCACGCGAGCAUCGGACUCCCAUGCGGAAAGCUGUGACCGCCUAAAUUAUUUCGGCGUAACACCUUCAUUCCAAGUCAACAACAUCAACUUUUUAGUGUUUUUUUUUCUGACGUUCAUCUACUUUGUUUAUCAUGUAUUCAAUUGAAUGCACGUUGCAGUGAUUGCAGCAGGAACGACUGCGAUAGACGACUGAAUUCAUCUGUAAAAAUAUUGCUGCAUCUUGUUCCUCUUACAUCUAAACGUUAUACAUGGAAUCCAUGAUUCUACAACAUAGUGAGAACCAAGUUGGCUCUAGUCUUAUUUGAGGAACAAAGGCAAUCGACUGUUACGUUCUUGCUAAGAAGGCGUCUGCAACUAUUCGCACCACAAUCCAGUAAACAAGGAACGUUUCUUUUAAACCUUCUAAAGGUCGCACAAUCUACUGCCACAAAAUCGAUAAAUCCAAGAAUAGUGUGCCCAUCCUGUUACAAAGCAGUACCCACUGCAUUAAUACUCAUGGUGACCUGGACAGUGCUGGAAGACAAUAAAUCAUAAUAAUCAUAUUGAGAAUAGGUCGGAGCCCAAAAAGAAAGCCAUUAAACGUUCAUACAGAUAAUAAAAUAAACUUAAAACAAAGAACUAACGGACAAAUUCAUCAAAGGCUGCCACUAGAUGUAUCCAUCAGGACGGCCCUUAUCAACGUUCGUAUCGUGGUUCCAGGUUGUAACAUUAUACCCCUGGCUGGGACUCUGCACGAGCCCCCUAGAGUACGGCGCACGAGUGUGAACUGGCCUGGUUACGUCACCCGGAGUGCUUUUUUUUUCUGUGGAAAUAAACGUAAAGCGAAGUGUUUCUUGGUGUGCUCCAGCAGGUACUUUAUAGUGGAGCCACCGGGCUAUGGCCAACUUGAACUUUGAGCAGCCGCCACGCAGUAUCGCGAACGCAAGCUUAACUUCGCGUGGGGCUGGUGGGGGGGGCUUAAGCUCGUCGACCCUUACGGGUCAUGUCACGCCCACCUCGGGCAUGUUCUCAGGAUCCUCUGCAAGCACAUCGAGCACAUCAAACUCUACGGUUGUCGGUGCCAACGUCUAUCCCGGUGCCACGGCUUCCGGAGCUGCGCAAUCCGCUGCGCACCAGCCUCAACAGCAACAGCUUUCACCUAUGGGCAGCAGAGGACUCUUCGGGCAGAGGGCUUUCACUGACAGACGUACAAUGCCUGCUCUUGGGAAUUCAAAUCCAAUGGGUAGUAUGGGCAGUUUUGGAAUACCUCCAAGUCGUAGCUACGGAUCUCAAGGUGCGAUCAACAAUUUCCACUCUGUGUUUGGGAGCGGAGGUGGCGGGGACACCAGUACUCCUCCUCUCCUGGACCUCUCGGAGUUUCCCUCGCUGACGAAUCGUGGCCAGGGUGACUCUAUGCCUCAGCCUAGUCCUAUGACGGGGAAACAACCUUACGUGGGUAUGGUAAAGCAACCGACGUCCGAGGCGAGUGAAUUUACUAUGAGUUCAGAGGACUUCCCUGCGUUGCCAGGUACGCAAAGCAGGGAAGGACCAUCUCCUGGGGGUAGUGUCUCUGGUGAUAAAGGUUUACCUGUGGGACUUGGUCCUGAGAUUGGUCAGGACGUACUCCAGGCGAAUAGAGCACCGGGUUCGGAAAAGUCUCAGGCAUCUAAAAGAGGCAUCCAAACAUCACCUGACGGUAAAGUGACGCAUAUACCGGCUAGUAUGGUAAAGGAUCAAUUUGGUAUGGUUGGUUUAUUGACCUUUAUAAGAGCGGCGGAAACGGAUCCGAACCUUGUAUCUCUAGCACUUGGACAGGAUUUAACAGCAUUAGGACUAAAUCUUAAUUCACCUGAGAAUCUUUAUCAGAAUUUUGGCGGUCCCUGGGCGGAAACGCCUUGUCGACCUCAAGAUAUCGACUUUCACGUACCACCUGAAUAUCUAAUCAAUGCCUCCAUCAGGGAUAAAUUGGCACCCGUUAAGCUAAACCGGUAUAAGGACGAUCUCCUAUUUUAUAUGUUUUAUACGAAUGUCGGAGAUGUAUUACAACUGGCAGCUGCUGCGGAACUCCGAGAGUGGCGGUAUCACAUGGAAGAGAAGGUAUGGAUCACGCAGGCGCCGGGUCUUGGACUUGUUGAAAAGACUUCGACGUACGAACGCGGUACUUAUUACUACUUCGAUGCGCAGAACUGGAGGAAGGUCGCCAAGGAGUUCCAUUUGGAUUACACGAAGCUGGAGAGUAGACCGCACCUUCCUACGACCUUUCACCAAUCCCAGCCUUGACUACAGAUCUGCCUGCAGACUCUUGUGCUGUCUUUAAGCUGGAGGAAAUUCAGCUGUUGUAUAAAUGAACAAAUUUAAUAAUCUUUAAUAAAAACAUAAAAUUCGAAGAGUAAUAAAAAAAAUGACAAA